AUGAAGCGCGUCAUCAUCGAUAAACUUGAGGCUACCUAUGCAACCGUCUCCCAACGCAGAGGUGUCUACGACGGCGAAAACCUCUUCUAUUCACAGCAUCCAGAGCUAGCAGCGCAGUAUCCCGUCACACUGCCUAGCCGUCGACAAGGCCAGCCUGAUCCAAGAUUUCAUGUCACAUUGGCACGCACAGCGUCCGAUAUCAUACAACCUCUCCGGCCGGACGAGAUCACUGGGAACGCGACUCUGGACCCAGUUUCCGUCAACCUUCUUCAAUUAUUGUCUCAGGAGGGAGCGCGAAGAAAAUCCGCGUAUUGGAACGCUAGGCGAUCAGUCUUUUUUGACGGUUCUAGGACCGCGCAGUUAGGCGGUGGAGUCGUGCUCUGGCACGGGUUUCUUCAGAGUGUCAAAGCUGUUCAAGGGAAUCUCGUCAUCAAUGUGGACGUCGCGUCGACUCUAAUGUGGACACCAGAUCCCCUCUUGACCGUCGUGGGGAGGUUGCUUGAGGACGCAGGUUUCAGGCAUCCGUUAGGGGAGUUUCACGAACAACACCCUCGAUGGGGUAUCAUUGGUCGCACCAUCAAGAACCUCCGAAUCGAGUACACUAGCAUGGGCGGUGUUGUCAAGCAGCGUCGUAUCAGAGGUAUACUACCACGUGCAUGUACCUUCGUCUUUACCCCGAAGAACGGUCCCCCAAUGACGGUUGGACAAUACUGGCAGAGCAUCAUACAGCGUCCUUUGGAUGACGCUCUCAUGGGUGUUUACUUAGAUGAAGAGAAGAAGAUCGUCGUCCCUGCAGAGCUCUGUCAACUCACUCCCGGACAGCGCUACAUACGUCCGCUGACCGGAGCUCAACAAACGGCUGCUCUGCGCGACAUGACUCAGAUCCCGUCAGUACGUUGGGAUAACAUUGCGCAAGGGAUGAGAUUCUUCGAUCAUGGCAACUCUCAGUAUCUCAUCCAUGCUGAUAUGCAAGUGUCUGACCGACAUAUCGUGGCGAACGGUCUGCAAGUUGGACCCCCAAGAAUCAGCUACGCUGCUGGCCCUCCCGUGAACAAUGCUGACGGCACUACAACACUGCCUAAGCUUCAUGUCAACGUGUCGCGGGGAGGGUGGGAGAUGCCUCGCGAGGGCAAGUUCUAUCUACCUAAACUCAUCACGCACUGGGCGGCGUAUGAUCUCACUCAAAAUGGCGAUCUUAAUAAGAUGACGAGGUUUCUGGAAGUUUUGUGGAGGUGCUGUGGCGAGAAGGCCAUGGGCGUGCCCGAGGCACCGGCCCAACUUUUCAACAUGGCUGCCGGGUUCCAAGCUCAUCGGGUGGACGGUUUGAGUGUCCCACCUGAGGGAUGGAAUCCUAAAGAUCCCUACCGACCGUUGUUGAUCUUCUUCCUAUCGACUGCUGGCGCAUCGGAGAUCCGUAGAACGAUCAAGUACUGGGGCGAAGUCCUUCGGGGCGUUCCUACCCAAUGUAUCAUGAUAGAUAAGCUGUCGGCGUCUCCGUUGUUUGGAAACAACAUUGCCAUGAAACUCAAUGCUAAGCUCGGCGGUAUCAAUUGCGUCGCUGGUCAUCCUCGUCUUGACGCGCUUAAGGGAAACACCAUGAUCAUAGGUGCCGACGUGACGCACCCCUCCCCGGGAAUCUUGAAUAGGCCCUCGUUCCCGGCUGUUGUCGGGUCUAUCGACGAUACAUUCACCCAGUAUGCAGCUUGUAUGGACGUUCAAGCACCUAGGAUGGACAUGAUCGAGAAUCUUGGCCCUUUGGUCUUAUACUUGGUCAAGCAAUGGACUCUGAAACAUCACGGGCACCUUCCUGAGCACGUCAUAUAUUUCCGAGAUGGUAUCUCCGAGGGAGAGUACGACGGGGCAGGUCGAUAUGAACGCGACCAGAUCCAGAAAGCAUGGGAUCGGGCGAUACAAGAGAUCCUAGACCUUGUUCGCAAGGACCCUAAGCAAGCUAAGGUGAUGCAGAACCCAACCGGCCGCAAGUUGAACCUCACGUUCAUCGUUGUGGAGAAGCGCCAUCAUAUUCGUUACUCGCCGGACGGACCUCUCGGGAAGCAGAACGUCCCGGCCGGGACCAUUGUUACCGAGGCGAUCGCGACACGCGCGUACGAGAACUUCUACAUCGUAUCGCAAGGGGGAUUGCUGGGCACCUCCCGGCCCGCACACUGCGUGGUUUUGGAGCGGGAUCCUGUUCUAUCCUUCGAGAUGUGCCAAGACCUCGUUUACUUCUUAAGCCAUGUUUGCGUGCGAACCACCAAGUCUGCCUCAUUACCUGCGCCAGUAUACUUUGCCGAUCUCUUGUGCGCCGAGGCCUUGAACUAUAUCAACCCUGGCCACCCGAUAUUCAACGACGAUAACCUCACUGUCGCCAGUGGAAACGACUUCGUAAUCAAUCUCGACGGAUGGAAGGCUGCGAUGGCGUUUGAAAAGCGCGGUACAUGGACACCUGGCCCGGACUUCGUCCACCCGAAUUCCCGCGGGAAACUCUUCUUCCUAUAG